AUGGCGACCCAGCCGUCCGAGGCGGCCGGCGGCACGUCGGCGUCCAAGCCGGCGGCGAGCAAGCCGACGGCCGGGCGGCAGCGCGGCGCUCAGGAGAUGCUGACGGCGGCGGCCGUCGCCGUCGCCGCCUUCCUCAUGCCGUCGGAGGACGCGAGCGCCAUCUUCCGGGUGGUGUCUGCGAUCCUGGCGCUGGCGGCGCUCUUCGCCGCGUCGGUGUGCCUCGAGCUCUACCAGGAGUCCAAGGCCAAGCAGGAGGCCAAGGCUGGCAAGAACAUGUUUGAGGUGCAGACGAUGCGGCUCGAGCUGCCGCCCAAGCCGCCGGGCGGAGUGUUUGGCGCGGCGCGCGGGAUGCCCGAGCUGCUCAAGGGGUACCCGGUGACGACGGCGACCGAGGUCAAGCUGCUCGACCACGGCUUCCUCCUCACCUCCGCCACGCCGGACGGCACCCGCCGGCUGCGCGUGCGGCUGCUCGGAGGCGACGCCGUCGGUUGGGAGACGGGAGGAGAAGCGUGGGAGGAGCAGCGGAGGCGGUGGAUCGAGGCGGUGCGCGCGGCGCCGCGGGUGGCCGAGGUGGCCCGCAUCGGCUGGCGCGACGUUCCCUCCUUCGGCGCCGCCGCCUCGCCGCGCGCUGUCGGCGGCGGCGAGGGCGGCUGCGGCGGCGGCGAGGGCGAGCAGCGGCUGCAGACGGGGGCGGUGGUGCGGGUGGGAGGGGUGGUGUCGAAGCCGGAGCUGAACGGCAAGUUCGGGACGGUGCUGCGCGCGGCCAACGAGGCGGGUAGGCUCGGCGUGCGCUUGGAGGGCGGAAAGGAGCCAAUCUCCCUCCACGCGAGGAACGUGUCUCCGCUCCCGCCGCUCGACACCCUCGGUGUCUCGGUGGCGGCGCUGCGCUCCUUCUCGUCGGCGCACGCGCACCUCGUCAGCGGGCUGACGGUGGCGGAGGCGAGGCACGCCAUCGUCGAGCCGCUCACCUGCGAGUGCGGCCUCUCGCUCGCCCGCGCGCUGCACAGGCUCGGGGCGGAGGACGAGGCGGGGCGGCCCCUCGCGGCGCCGGCGACUCUCUUCCUCAUCGCCGCCGACGCGGAGCCUCUCGACGCCGUCCUCGCGGCGGCGGAGCGACACGCCGCCUCCACCGACAGCCCCGGCGACGCGUACCUGUGGCUGUCUCCGUUUUGCACAAACUUCCACGCGCCGCCCGCCGAGGCGUGGCCUCUCUCGUGGUGGCAAGGCCCGUUCCGGGAGGGCGUCAAGAGCAUCGGGAAGGCGGCGGUGCUCUUCCAGCCGUGGGAGGAGCCGCGCGCACUCACGCACGGAUGGUGCGUCUGGCAGCUGCACACCGCCCUCGCCGCCGAGGUGCCGCUCUCAGUGGUCUGCUCCGAGGCGGAGGCGGCGCGGCUGCGCGAGGCGCUGCUCGGGCGGAUGGACGAAGUUGUGUCGGCGUGGGACCGAAAGGCGGAGGGCGGCUGGCGC